GUGUUUGUGCACUGGAUAGCAUCAUGCAAAACUGGUUUACACUUUUCACUCCAACAGAAGCCACUAGUAUUGUUGCUACAACAGUGAUGUCAAACAGCACCAUUGUCCAUCUGCAUCUGGACUGCCAUCAGCAGGAGAAGUUGGCUGGCAGUGCUAGGACACUUGCUCUACAGUGUGCCAUGAAGGAUCCUCAAAAUUGUGCCCUCUCUGCACUGACUUUAUGUGAAAAAGAUCACAUAGCUUUUGAGACCGCUUACCAAAUUGUUCUAGAUGCUGCUACAACCGGCAUGAGCUAUUCACAGCUUUUUACUAUAGCACGAUACAUGGAGCACCGCGGUUACCCCAUGCGGGCCUACAAGCUGGCCACCUUGGCCAUGACACAUCUCAACCUGAGCUACAAUCAGGACACACACCCUGCCAUUAAUGACGUUCUGUGGGCAUGUGCGCUCAGCCACUCCCUUGGGAAAAAUGAGCUAGCAGCUAUAAUACCUCUGGUGGUCAAAAGUGUCAAAUGUGCAACAGUACUGUCAGAUAUUUUGCGUAGGUGUACCUUGAACACUUCUGGCAUGGUGGGACUUCAUGGGAGGAGGAACUCUGGUAAGCUCAUGUCACUGGACAAAGCCCCUUUAAGACAACUCUUGGAUGCUACGAUCGGAGCCUACAUUAAUACAACUCAUUCGCGUCUCACUCACAUCAGCCCACGACACUAUAGUGAGUUCAUCGAGUUCCUCAGCAGGGCCCGAGAGACCUUCUUAAUGGCUCAUGAUGGACACAUUCAGUUUACACAGUUUAUUGGCAACCUAAAACAAAUCUACAAAGGCAAAAAGAAACUGAUGAUGUUGGUUCGUGAGCGGUUUGGUUGAUGAAAAUGCGUGAAGGGGGUGGGGUGGUUUGUUUUUACUCGAGCCUGCCUUUGUAUCCUUUUGAACUUCAAGAAACAGCCACACUGGUAUUAUAUGUGUAUAGUUAUAUUGAGUUUGCAAACUCACCUGUCAUGUUGUGAAAGUUUGUAUGUUUAAUUUUUUUUCUUUUUUCUGUUUUGUGUGAGAGAGGUUAAAAAAGGGUUGGUUUACACUGAGUAUAUGUUGUCAAGUAGCAAAAGCCCACAUUGCUCUCCUGUCUUUUCUUUAUGUGUUCACAGCCUCAAAAACAAACACAUAUUGCAAUGGCUUUAAAAACCAAACACCUUCAUCCUGUGAUAAGUACCUCGAAUGGAUUCAGCUUUACUCCUUUGUAUCUCAUCCUUACAUUUCAGCAUAUUUAAACAAACCAACAAAUGAAUUACUAAUAGUUAAAAGGCUGACCACGUGGCUUUGCAGUGCUGUUCAUCCAGAAGCAUGGCACACAAUGCUUGUGCAUGUGGAAACUUAGCGACUGUCAACAUACAUUCUCAGGGAUUUAUCAAAAAAAAAAAGUUGAAAAAGAAUGAGAGCAUUUAUUGUACUGUAUAUAUAUUAUAGUAUAUAUCUGCAUACUGAAAAAUAUUAAUUUAUUUUAAAAAAUCUAUGUAAUGCAAAAUACUUGAAGCUGCAGUAACUUGAUUUUAAACAAAAAAGAAAAUGUAUCUGAAGGACUAAAGUGCUCCUUGCUCCAGGGUUGGCUCAAGUGGUGAACUAUAUGCUGGGCAUCUAUGCAGAGCCACCUUUUGGAUUGCAUAGUUGGACUGAUACCUAUUGGGGAAAUUUUAUAUAUAUAUUUAUACAACCCGUGUAUGCAUAUAUAUGUAUACACACAUGCUUGUAACAGGCACUAUAGUAAAGAGGGACAACAAAAAAUAGACAGCCAGAGCAGCAAGCCUUAGCAUUAAGAACACAAUAUGCCAGAAUUGGGGUUUGUGCCUCCUAGCCUAGGAAACUUAAAGAAAUAUCCUUUUUGACACAAAACGCAAAAUUAUUGACAUGAUAUAUUACACCUUUGCAGUGAGCUAAUAAUAAGCUAAUCUUUGUGCACAAAUAUAUAUUAUAUAUAUUCUGCAUAGGUAUUUUGACUUUGUGCAGGACGGAAAGUUGUGUAGGUAUGAUUGUUCUACAUUUCCGUUUGUGUUUUUUUUUUUUACUAUAUUUUAUUUUCUCUAGAAUUACUCAGACAAAAGCAGCCUCCUAUCUUGCCUUGUCUUAAUGCUUUAAAAUAACCAAACUGGAGAUCUAACUACCAAACUGUUCGUUAUGUUAUUAAAUACCAACUUUGAUUACAGUAUAGUUUUUACUUUAGCUGAUAGUUCUGUAUCCUUGUGCUUUUUAAAACAGUUCUAAUGUUUUGGUGCAAAAGUUGUCCAGUGUCUCUUGUUCCCUUAAUUAGAGAACAUGCUAGAAGUAUGUUUGUAAGUAGUUUUGUUUAGAAAAAGUAUUUCAUGCUCUUCAUUUUAUUUAUUAUAAUAGGUAAAAAGGUUGUACUUCAUCACCCAUGUAAUCAUGCUCAUGAAGCUGAAAGUUAGAUUUGAUACACUGAUAUCAAUUUAUUUAUGUAACUAAAUCACUGUUUUAUAAACUUGUUAAUGAUCAACAAUUUUUUUUUAAAUUAAAAUUAGUUUUUUGAGAGUUGA